UUUUACAAAUUGCAUCCACCUGAUUGAUCAGACAUUUUGGGCUUGUCUGUUCUGACAAGUAGUUGAAAGCGUCGCAAAGUUGCCCUUGACGUCUAUUUUUGCAUUGGUAUACUACUCCUCUCUAUUAUUUUCMCACAGACAUAUACAGCAAAUGUAACAAGGAGUUUUGAAUGCUAUGGCAGCAGAGAAUAGUCAGAAACCUAGUUUGUUCAUAUGUAGGACUAUAGCAAUUUUUAUAUUAGGGACGUUUCUUCUUCGGUURAUCUUCUCAUCAGUUUACUUAGAGCAGAUUGGUAUCUCUUCAUUGUAUUCUGGGAUUAUCUUAAGUACUGGCAGUCUGUCCCAAGCCAUUGGUGGACUUUCGCUUGGGUAUCUUGCGGAUAAGGCUGAUAAAAGAAACGCCAUCCUAGCAUUGUCUUAUUUGGCGUAUGCCAUCACACCAUUUUUGAUCACACUUCCAAAACCAGUAUACAAAUGCGCGGAAAAGCCAUUGAUUAAAUAUCGAAAAACUGCGAGCUCGAUCAAACAAAAUGAGAAAAAGGGUGCAACGAUAAAUUUAUCCAGGUUGCCUGCAGGACCAUACCUUGAGCCACCUUUUCAAAAUAUUAUGAAAGAUCCAACGGAUGAACGAAAUGGAUUUCAAUAUCUUAAUGAAAGCUCUAGACAAGUUAGACUGGAAUAUCAAAGCGACAAACAAGGGUUUAAGGGGAAGAGGAAGAUAUUCGAAACGAACGAUUCCAAAGCUCUUGUUCUUAAAUUAACUGAAAUGCCAAAUGUUGGUAAAGGGAACUCUCGAGUUAUUUCUAACAACAUUGGAACUCAAGACCUUAACAUCACAAAUGWUUCGAGAAAACACCAAGAGAAUAGAGAGACGUUCUUUUAUCUGUUGCUAAUCAUGGUCACAGGAGACUUUCUUGGAGGAGCUACAAUCAAUCUUUUCGAUGCUCUGAUCGUUUCAACAAUUGAUGACAAAAAGGAAUAUGGUAAAAUUCGCAUGUGGGGCAACAUUGGUCAAGCAGUUACCAUCCCUUUAACUGCAAUAAUCACAUAUUUCAAGAAGGUUGAAAUCUGCGGCAUUCCUCAAAGUGAUUUCAAAAUUGCUCUCUACAUCACAUCGGCAAUCUCAGGAGUUGGAUGUUUUUUUGCCAUGUUUAAAGUUCGUAUGCCAUCAUCAAAAAUAAAAGACGAUAAAGAAAAAAGCACAAACACUGCUGCUUCCUMUAAGGAACUUAUCGCACCAAUUGAAACGUGGAGUCUUCUAACAAUGUCUUUGUUUUUUGGUAUCUUCAUUUCUUCAUUGUCGAGUUUUCUCUUCUGGACAAUGGUAGAGCUAAAUCCAUCCCAAGCAAACUUUUCAGUAGCUGUCGCCAAUUUCCUCAAAAAUCUCGCGGGCCUUUUAGUGUACAAUUUCGCUCCCAAAAUUCUUCAUGCGAUUGGCUACAGAAAUGCACUGAGUUGUUCAUGUUUGGUAUUUGCUGCAAGCUUUGCUACAGCAUCUUUAAUGUUUACCCCUUGGCUUGGUGCCGUUGUGGAAGUCCUUGCAAGUGUAGCAAUUUCUAUGGGCAUGUCUGCUUGUGUGUCGCAUCUUGGAGAAGUGGCCCAUCCUUCCAUAGCUGUCACCGCACAAGGUCUUUUACAUUUCUUGAUAAGCGGCGCCGGUCCGGCCCUAGGACCAUUCUUGGCUGGAUUACUUUUACAUAUUACCAACCAAACCAUCACCUAUCUCAUCUUUUGUGGAAUUAGCAUCGCUGUCAUGGUAUUUUCAAUCCUAGUACAAUGGAUUAUGAAGAUGCGCGAAACUCGUUACCAAAGGCUUGCAACGAAUGAAUAGCUAGAAAUAUAAGUUGUGGUUAUAAUUUAUUAUGGAAUAUGAAUAAACCCUUACAUUUAUGAGUUCCAUGGACCGCUUGUGCCAAGGAUUGACCGGGUACGGUUCAAAUUACAAUGUGAGCAAAUGUAGAAGCAGUGAGCAGAAGCUCUGCUCUGCUCUGCUCUGCUCUGCUCUGCUCUGCUCUGCUCUGCUCUGCUCUGCUCUGCUCUGCUCUGCU